UUCAGCUAAAGCCACCUGGCCACUCUGACACCCCCUGAUAACGCAAUUGUAUUGUUUAUAUAGUUUCCAAAGCCGGACGAGAAUGCAAUGUGGCGAUAUCAGUUGCUGAUAAGCACUGGAGCCCCGCAACACAUAACCCACGAACGACGAUGACCGCCACCAAGAAGCGCCUGAAGAUCGUAGCAGCCAUCUCGCUGGUCCUCCUGCUCCUGGUCUACCUCUACCGAUUGGCCAGCCUUUUUCCAAGCGGCAAGCCCCCGCUUUCUGUUUCCGGUGGCGAGGAGGUGCAGGCCAAAUGGCCACCCACGGAGAGUCCACUGCAAAGGAGCCUUCAGAUAGCCUACGAGGAGCAGAGCUCUCUUAUCCGGGAGCAUAAGGCUGAACUGCAACGCACAAGGGAACAUUUGGCCAGAUUGGAGGAACAAAUUCGUAGCCUCCAGAGCAGUACUCCUCGCAAGUAUGCGAAGGUUAAAUAUCUGAACUACAAGAAUCGCAAACGCAUACUAAUUACCGGUGGAGCUGGCUUCGUGGGCUCCCAUCUGGUCGACAAUCUGAUGGUCCAGGGGCACGAGGUCAUCGUGGUGGACAAUUUCUUUACGGGACGCAAGAGAAAUGUCGAACACUGGCUGGGUCACGAGAACUUCGAGCUCAUUCAUCACGACAUAGUUAAUCCGCUUUUCAUCGAGAUCGAUGAGAUCUAUCACUUGGCAUCGCCUGCCUCGCCCCCUCACUACAUGUACAAUCCGGUGAAGACCAUCAAGACCAACACCAUGGGCACCAUAAAUGUACUGGGCCUGGCCAAGCGCGUGAUGGCCAAGGUUCUGAUAGCCAGCACUUCGGAAGUGUACGGCGAUCCCACGGUGCAUCCGCAGCCGGAAACGUACUGGGGCCAUGUAAAUCCUAUUGGGCCAAGGGCCUGCUACGACGAGGGAAAGCGUGUCUCGGAGACGCUGAGUUAUGCGUAUGCUAAACAGGAGAAGGUGCAAGUGCGAGUGGCGCGUAUCUUCAACACUUAUGGACCCAGGAUGCACAUGAACGAUGGACGAGUAGUGUCGAACUUUAUACUUCAGGCGCUGAGGAAUGAAACCAUUACGGUAUAUGGAAAUGGCAAACAAACGCGCUCCUUUCAGUAUGUUUCGGAUUUGGUGGAUGGAAUGAUAGCCUUAAUGGCAUCCAACUACACACAGCCAGUUAAUUUAGGCAAUCCCGUGGAGCAGACAAUCGGCGAAUUCGCUGAAAUCAUAAAGCAACUGGUCGGCGGGCCCAGUGUGAUAAAGCAAUCAAAGGCCAUGGAGGAUGAUCCGCAGCGCAGAAAACCGGACAUAACUCGUGCCCGGCAGUUCCUCCACUGGGAGCCAAAGGUUCCUCUAGAGACUGGACUCCAGCGGACCAUCUCCUACUUCCGCAACGAAUUGGCGCGUAGCGAUCGCUUUCAGGAAAGCUCUAACAAGUACUUUGAUACACAUACACCGUAGCACUAAGUGGGUCUAGCUCGUAUUGGUGAUGAUGAAACGUCUCUAGUCUGCAAAUGUAAAUAUGACCAUCGUUAGCACUAAUUGUAAGCCUUUAGGACCACGGAAAACCCUUUGUCAUGGUUAAUUUUGCGAUAUAUCAACCUAUGUAGGGAACUGGGAAAAGGGAUGUACAAAUGCGAACAAAUGUAAAGCACUGAAUUUUGGAAAUCUAAUUUGAAAUAGUUUAAUUAAUAUAAAAACCAAAUAUGUUGCAAACACAGCUAAAUCAACGUAAAAUCAAACAUAUUUUUGAUCUAAUGAGGACUUGACGGGAAAAAACUCCAAAGAAUAAAGAUGGUUAGGGAGUAUGGAAACAUCAGUUACGAAACUUUGAUUGUUUAUGGACGUACAGUGCUAUUAUUCUGUCCGCAAGUGUACCACAUAGAAACAGAAUGGGUUACAUGACACUAAGAAACAGUAUAAUCUAUUGUAUUAAUACAACUCUCCUAUAUAAAAAGAGCCAACAAAUUUCCACGUUUCAUCAGAAGGUUAGGCAUAUACAUAUAUCAGAACCAGUGAGAAUUGAACAAAUUAUUAAAGAACUGUGACAGAACUUCAGACACAUAACACCUAUCUGCGCCUUCAUCCAUUGUAAGCACUCCCCGAUUCUAGAGAUAAGUAGGGUUUUCAGUUGCUGUAGUUGGUAGACCAUUAAAAAGAGUUUUUUCUCUGCGAACUAAUCUUA